AUGAUUGCAAGUGCCGUAAGAUCUGCUGCCGACCCGACUCCCGAGAACUUGGCCAAGGCAGAUGCCUGGGCGGAUAGGGCUAUUGCUGCCGUUCUACCUCGUAUCUACCAAGGAUUCGGUGUCGUUCAACUGAUGGCCCUACGGCGCGUCGCCUGGUCGACCUUCUACUUCGACACAAUCAUCGAUGGUGGACGAUACGGCUUCCACACCCUCGAUGAAAAAGCAUUCCGCCUACAGCUACCGUGCGAUGAGGGUAGAUUCCUAGGCAAUGAGGCCAUCAUCACUGAACCCCUUCGCUACGAUCAGACCGAGAAACCCGAAACGAGUACCCAGGCCCAUCUAAAAGGCUCAGCACUCGGCAUAUCAGCCUAUCUUAUUAGAACGGCUGCUGCUAGGCGUCGGGCACUAUUCUUUGCCUUUCGAGCAUCCCACAAGGAGGACAGUGGGGAGAAACAGGUUGUUGAGCUGGCUACUCUGGAAGCAGAGAUCGAGCAUUUUGUAUCUGCCCUGCCCAGGCGAUUCCAUCUUACCAACGACAACCUCUUCCUUCACCGCGAACGCCUAGGCACAUUUAUUCUUCUCCAUGUCCUACGUCACAACCUCUUCAUCAUCGUCGGUCGAGCCUCUCUUCAAAUUUUCCAACGUGACCUAAGCAAGUCCGAUCUCAUCCCACAGGUGAGGCAGAAGCGCAUCUCUCACGCUUUACCUAUUGCGAGCCUUCUCUCAGAGGCCUUAAAGGCCGGUAUCGCACUAGAUCCCCAACUGGGAGUUCAUGCAUAUAUUGCUUUAGAAAGUUGGUUGCCAGUCUCUUGGAUCCAUCAUCUAGAGAAACCCUCACUAAUAGCGCUUGAAAUACUAGUUCUCCUCUUUGAGCCUCGUCGGCUAGCAGAAAUAGAUCCCUUGGUGGACCCAAAAUCUCCACAGAUUAUGGAAGCUAUCCCCCAUUUACUUACUGUUCUUCGGAGUCUUUCUUUCCGGGCAGAGUUCGUGAAGCAUCUUUACGUUGAGGCCGUUCACCGUCUUCUACGAUUUGAGUGCAACUACCUGCUUAGCCAGGAAGAUAUUGCCGCCUUCAGAAGGCAAGCUUCCCCCACCCCCAUCUCAAAACACUUCGCUCUUUUUUUUUUUUGGACUUACAGCAUUGAAUACCGCAUUCUGGGUCAAGAAACAGCCGAGCUUGACUUCCGCGAAUUCCGCUGGGCAAAGAUCGAACGACUACGUCGUGGUGCCAAGUACUCGGCCAACACAAACCGAGACGAAGACCUUCUUGAAUAUAAUGUCGGUGGCGAUACCGCAGCCCCCUCGGCAGCCCCUUCACCAAGGCUCGACGCGAUCGAUGUCAGCAGCUCCAUGAGACGUUCCUCUGCAGCUCUUUUGCCAGCCUUUUCCGGUUUACCAUCCACUUCUCAUGAAGUGUCCGAGCCUCAUCCAAUGGAUGCAAGUGCUGUAGCGCAAGCAGACCCCAAGUGGACAAUACCUUCCAACAUGAUGACGGAUAAUGGGCAGGCUUUUCCUCUGGAUUGGGCUUGGUUGCUUGAGGAGCCUGGGCAUCAGUGGGAUGAGACUGGCGACCCAACCAUCUUUUGGAACCAGUUACAGCAACUAUAG